AGAAGAUGCGCGACGGUAUCAAGGAGGCCGCCUCCGAGAACCUCCUCACCCCCCGCUUCUACACCACUGACUUCGACGAGAUGGAGCAGCUCUUCAGCAAGGAGAUCAACCCCAACCUCGACGAAGACGAGCUCGUGGCCAUCCUCCAGGAGUUCAGGGAGGACUUCAACCAGAAGCACUUCGUGAGGAACGAUUCCUUCAAGGCUGCCGCCGACGGCAUCACCGGCGAUGCCCGCCGCAUCUUCAUCGAGUUCCUCGAGCGCUCCUGCACCGCUGAGUUCUCCGGCUUCCUCCUCUACAAGGAGCUCGGCCGCAGGCUCAAGAAGACCGCCCCCGUCGCGGCUGAGAUCUUCACCCUGAUGUCCCGUGACGAGGCCAGGCACGCGGGCUUCCUCAACAAGGCGAUGUCCGACUUCAACCUCGCGCUCGACCUCGGUUUCCUCACCAAGAACCGCCAGUACACCUUCUUCAAGCCCAAGUUCAUCAUCUACGCGACUUACCUGUCCGAGAAGAUUGGCUACUGGAGGUACAUCUCCAUCUACCGCCACCUCCAGGCCAACCCCGACGACCAGCUCUACCCCAUCUUCCAGUACUUCGAGAACUGGUGCCAGGACGAGAACCGCCACGGUGACUUCUUCACCGCGUGCCUCAAGGCCAGGCCUGAGUUCAUCAACGACUUUGAGGCCAAGCUGUGGGCCAGGUUCUUCUGCCUGUCCGUGUACGUGACCAUGUACCUCAACGACCACUCCCGCACCGAGUUCUACGAGUCCAUCGGCCUGAACACCACCCAGUUCAACAUGCACGUCAUCCACCAGACCAACAAGACCACCGCGUCCAUCUUCCCCCAGGUCAUCGACACCUACAACCCGAAGUUCAAGGAGCACCUUGACGAGCUCGUCGUCGUGAACCAGAAGCUGGCCGAGGCGGAGUCCCCCGUGGAGAAGGCGCCGCUCAUCGCGUCCUUCGCCUUCCACCUCCUCUCCAUCGCCCUGAUGAAGCCCAUCGAUUCGGGCUCCAUCGAUUUCGUCGAGGACGUCAACUCCCCCGCCUUCAUGUACUAAACGGCUUGGUGCACGAAAGGGAGAGGAAAAGGGACGAGUGGAGAGACGGAUGUUCGUUCGUUUGCGCUGGGGAGACCCGGGAUCGGGGAGCCUCGUCGCGAAUCAGUCGCGCGUUUGACCGGGUCGCGAGGGGCGAAAACGAGCGAGGGGCUUAGAGUCCCCUCGUCUCGACUGAACCCGCGGUUGAGCCCGCGGAUGAGACGGCGCGCGGCGCCGUGACGUGUUUGUGUGGUUUUUUGUCGCGUCGAGGUUUGACGCGGCGUCGGGCGCGCUCGGUCACCCCGAGCCGCGCCCGGAUUGUUUCAUCGAUUUCUUGAGGAGGAUACUUUUUCAGUUUACUAGUCACGCGUCGCGAUCGGGCCGGAUGGCGCGGUCGGGCGCGAUUUUAAUACCAACGAGAUGCUCGCGAAGA